AUGGUGGCACAAGCUCUCACCACGGAGAGCUAUCCUCCUAAUGUCGACGGUGCCGAGAGAGAGAGGCUUGUCGAAGUCAUCAAAGACUGGGCCAUCGCCAACGGACUUGCCGUCCGCCCACCACCGUCGCUGGUGUCUGCCGAGACAGACCCGGAGGGCGUGCUGGCUACCCAUGUCCCCGUCACCUUGUUCCCCAGUCCGUUCCCGCAGGUCUGCUUCGACCAGGCAAAGGGGGUGCAGAAGGCAUACAACGAGCUCUACGCUAAGGUCAGCCAAGAUGAGGGCUUCCUCGCCGCCAUGGUCAAGGAGGUUGCGGACGGAGAUGAGUUCAUCGGGAACUUAUGGAAGGUCCACUCCAGAGUCAAGGAAGAGGGCUAUAGCCUCUCUUUGGGACUGUUUCGUUCCGACUACAUGGUUCACAAGGAUUCGGCAGAUCCGUCAUCUGUACCCAAAGUCAAGCAGGUCGAGUUCAACACCAUUGCCUCUUCUUUUGGGGGGCUGUCAUCCUCCACCUGCUCACUCCAUAAGUUUCUUGCCGACACAGAGUAUUCUUCCCUCAAGCAGCCAGGGGCGCACGGCAGUCUGAACCUACCUACCAACGACAGCGUCGAGGGCUUAGCAGGGGGUAUGAGGGCAGCCUUCAAAGCGUACCCAAAGUCCGAGCUUGGUCUGGAAACCUGUAUCAUCUUCCUUGUGCAAGACGGCGAGCGCAACGUUUUCGACCAGCGGCACCUCGAGUACGCCCUACAGAGAUCCGCCUCUCCGCGCAUCCCCGUCUUCCGCCUCCCCUUCAGCGAGACCCUCAAGCGCACCCGCAUAGCCGACACGCCCAAGCGCCAGCUCCUCUACCGGCUGCCCAGCAACCCAGACAAGGAGUUCGAGGUCGCCGUCAUCUACAUGCGCGCCGGCUACGGCCCAUCAGAUUAUCCCGACGCCACGGCCUGGGACGCGCGGUACCACCUCGAGCGCUCGGCCGCGAUCAAGUGCCCCACCGUGCUCACGCAACUCGCAGGCGCCAAGAAGGUCCAGCAGGUCCUCGCGACCCCGAGGCUCAGCCCCUCCUCGGCGUACGAGCUGAGCCGCUUCGUGCCGGAGGGCUCGCAGGCGUGGAAGGACCUCUGGGAGACGUUCACCAACAUCUUCCCCAUGGACGACAGCGAGGCCGGGUUGGCAGCGCGGAAGCUGGCGCUCGACCCGGAGGAGUGCAAGCGCUACGUGCUCAAGCCGCAGCGCGAGGGCGGCGGCAACAACUGCUAUAGAACCUCCAUCCCGCCGUUCCUCAAGGACCUCCCCGAGGCGCACUGGAAGUCAUACAUUCUCAUGGAGCUAAUCACGCCGCCGCCGGUGAGCAACAUUAUUCUCAGGAACGGGAAGCUCGAGCAGGGAGGGGUGAUCUGUGAGCUGGGCAUCUACGGCAGCUGUGUCUGGGAUCAGGGCACAGGAAAGAUCCUGCACAACGAGGAGGCAGGAAGACCAAUGUCCUGCGCGCCACUGCCGUACAUCUGGGCGCUUCAGAUCCGUAAGGACUAUCGCGCGUGUACCGAUAUUGCACAUGCAUCAACGACAAUAUCAAAGCAGCGACUGGGAGGCGAGAGCGAGCAAAGCUUCUAG